AUGGCGCCGAAAGCGCCGACGUUCACCCCGAACAAGCGGGCCAAGACACAGACCCCGGGCUCCCCCAGUGCUGUUGGAGCUGCGUCCACCUCAGCCAGCACUCCACCCAGUGCUCCUCGUGACUUGCGCAAGCUGAGCGCCGAGGCCAAAGCCAGGGUGUUCGAGGCCCAGCCCCGGAGGCAGCCCGAGAAACCCCCAAACGCCGACAUCCAGCUGUGCGUGACCAAGUACACGGACGUGUCACGCACCUUGUGGCCCGACAGCCCGCCCGCUGUGCCAUUGUGGGGCGUCCGCCUGGGCCACGCGGCCUGGCCCUCCCUCGAAAUGCAGGUGCUGAAAGCGCUCGAGGACUACCUCGUGAUCCAAAACAAGGAGGACGAGGAGUGGCCGAAGGACCUGAAGGAGCUUCGCAGCCUGCAGAACAUCGCUGUGUGCGUCGCAGGCAAGGACAGCCACGGCGAUCAGGGCCUUCCCAUCCAGGCCGGGGAAACUUCCCUCCUCACUCCUCCUGAACCACCGUCGCCCGUGUUCCGCAGUCGCGCCACAUGGAGCGUGGUGAUCUGGGUCGCGGGGGACGCCGACGCCCUCAGCAACGCCCUGAUGCUGCUCGAUUCUUUCAUCAUGUUCCGCGCCCAGCACCCGCGCAUCGCGGACAAGAAGCCAUGGCCUGCAGUCUCGUCCCUCAAGGUAAAGUUGCACCUUCCCAGCGGCAUGACGCUGCCAGGUUACGCUGCCGACGACAUGAGCAUCUCCACGACGAUGAUCACCGACGCGGGCCCCCCUCCCUUGAGCAUCCUCCAGGCGCCGCCCCCUUUCAGCAACCGCAUCGUCAUGGCCAGCGUCGACAUAGUGGACGCGAACACCGUGGUUCUGGCGUGGGACGGGAGGACCUACCCAUUCAGAGAAAAGUUCGACGUCGCCGGACUCCCCCGCGUGGCCGACAAUCUCCGAGUGCUGCCCGAGGACAUGACUGACAUGAGCAACCCGACGAACUACGCCUUCGCCCUCAACGUCUUCAACUCCGUGCUGGAGAACGUCGUGUGCCACAUCACCAUCCCUUGGGACACGGUGCCGCAGGAUGGCAAAGUGCUCGAGCUUCUGACGGAGAUCUCGGACAAAACCAACAUCUUCACGAAUAUCAUCGGCGCCAGCGCGCAGUGA